AUGGAGCAGCCACCGCCGCCGCCGCCGUCGUCGCUGCCGCCGUCGGCCUGCACGAUCGGCGACACGCCGACGUCGCCCGACGUCGACGCCGACAUCGACCCGGGCUCGCCGACGACGCUCGACGACUCGCUCGACGGCGACGACGACUCGCCGAACCGACCUCGCAAGAUCCGCCGGAGCCGCACGACGUUCACGACCUUUCAGCUGCACCAGCUUGAGCGAGCCUUCGAGAAGACGCAGUACCCGGAUGUGUUCACGCGCGAGGAGCUGGCGAUGAGAUUAGACCUGAGCGAAGCCCGCGUGCAGGUCUGGUUUCAAAAUCGGAGAGCAAAGUGGAGAAAACGGGAGAAAGCGAUGGGACGAGAGAGCCCCAACUUCUUACACAGCGAUAUCCCGCCGCUAGGGGACAUGACGGUUCGACUUCCGGGACCCUACGGACUUCCGCCUGGCAUGGAGCACAUGUGGGCGCCUGCGUACCAUGGCUUCACCAACUUGACGGGCAUGAGUCCGAUGCUGGCACUCAACCAGGGCAUGACUCCGCUAGCGGCAGCCGCCUACUUCCCGGGCAAGUCUCCUCUUGGAAACCUCAUCUCUAGUUACAUGAUCAACAGCGCCGCCGCCGCCAGCCUCUCUGGUAGUCUGCCGACGCCGACGACGAUGGCGCCACCGCACGGACUAGCCGCCAUGCCUGUUCCGACCUCGCGCGCUGCUCUCGGUCACGAUUCGGACAAACUCGAGAUUAGACGAUCGAGCAUCGAUACGUUACGACUGAAGGCGAAGGAGCAUUCGGCGACGCUGGAGCAGCAGGGCCUGUCCAAGUCGCAGCACUCGGAGACGGCCAAGUCGUAAUUCACCACGCUGCAUAUGAGCUCGCUCGUACGACGCACUGCUGCGCUCGCAGCAAAUAUUAUGUCGUGUAUAGAGAUAUAAAUUAGUGAAUGGGAUUGAUUUUAUAAACGUCGACUGUACUACUCGUGAUAAUAUACGCUGAUAAGUAGGGAGAGCCCGCGGUCAGUUAUAUAGACGCGCUUCCUGGAGACGAUGACAAGCAAUUAGUAGUCGACGCACAGCGCAGCGAGAGCAAUCUGCAUACUGAAGAGGUUUUGAAAGGUUCGAGUCGUGUCGGCUGUCCUGCGUGCUAUGAUAACCGCGGUUUCUUCCCGCAGAGGCACAAACCAUAUCGCGUGGCAACUGCAGCGAUGCACGCGUACAACCCCGCAGCGCUGUAGCCCAGCGCCUUCCUCUUCAAACAUGGUCGUGCAUAACAACGGCAGUUUUGUUUAUUGCGACAGCAGAUGGGAGUUUGCGUCGCGGCGAGCAGUCGAUAGUUAACUUGUGUUGUUGUAAUGUGUUUUGUCUUUGUUACAACGAUUCGCUUUUUGUUCGUAGUGAAAAUCGCGCGCCCAGAAGGGUCUAGACGUCCACGCUGAAACGUAGCGAGAUGAGCACGUGUAAACUAUAGAGACUCUGGGAUGAUCUCCAUUUGUUACUAAGUAGGUUCUGAUUCGGUCGCCCCGGUGAUGUCGUGGUGAGCGUCGGUGUGACCGUCACACUACUACGACAGACGUGACAGGCAGCGGCGCAUGCGCAGAUGACGUGAAGGCGUGUAGCAUGGCCACGGAGCUUUUUACUGGGAUUAAUGAUAGUCGAAACUAUGGGAUGAUUAAACCGACAUUAAAAAAAAACCAGAGACACCAUCGGGUAUUUUAUUGGCACAGCCAAUAUUUACACUGUUCACGCUGGGUGCCCUGCAAACUCAACGGACUUCAAAUAGCCUAUACGAUUUUGGCAGGCGCGUUUAAAAACUCGGACAUACCUCGACAAAAGCCAUGAUUGUUCGGCGAAGGUCGCAGCGAAAUGGGUCUAUAGGCGACACAGGGCAAAAAAAUUAUAGUGUAUAUACAGCGGAUGAGACAUUGCCGUGUCGCGUCGAAUCACUGAUAGCACGCGUUCGAUUAUAAAUGAAACCUAUCUAUAUAUAUAUAUAUAUAU